CAUCAAACUUCGAAAAAAUUCUUAUGAGACUCACUUUAUGGUAUGAGAUUCAUGUGAACCAGUUGUAAGAAUUUAUGGUCAUGAAAUUGUAGUCAAAGAUGCAUUUCAUGGUGAGUAAGGUUUCUUGACAUUUUCCAAACAACGUUGAAAUGCUUCAGCAAUUAUUAUUUUACAUCACCAUUGGUGAAAACAAAUUCUUUCACUCUUCUCCAAAUCAGGUCCCACUUCUGAAUCCUCAAAGCACCAUGCCAUUCCAUUCUGCUAUGUAAUCCAUCUCUUCCACUUCAUUCAAUACUUAUACCCCCACACUCCACAAUACGCUCACUUUCUCACACCCAAAUCACUGAUUCUUCUUCUUACAAACACCACCAUGCCCAGUGGUGAUUCAACUUCACCCUACCAUCCCACGACCAAACCCUCCAAACCAAACACUCACUGCAAGAAAACGAAUCUCUAUUCCCUGGUCGCACUCCUCUGCAUUUUCUCAUACACCUUCGGUGCGUACCAGCAAACCUCAAAAACCACACAACCCAUAACAACACUUUCAACAAAACCAUGUUUCCAUAGCGUUCCCUCCACCUCCCACUUAGAUUUCUCCUCUCACCACAACGCCACCGCCGCCUCUCUCCCUCUUCCCACUUCCACAUUUCGCUACCCUCCCUGCGACGUCUCGCUCAGCGAGUACACCCCAUGCGAGGACCACGCCCGCUCCCUCCGCUACUCGCGCCACAAGAUGGUGUACCGCGAGCGCCACUGUCCGACGAAGACCGAGGCUCUCAAGUGCCGUGUCCCCGCGCCGCACGGCUACCGUAACCCCUUCCCGUGGCCGGCCAGCCGCGACGUCGCGUGGUACGCCAACGUGCCGCACCGCGAACUCACCGUCGAGAAGGCCGUGCAGAACUGGAUCCGCUUCAACGGCGAUCGCUUCCACUUCCCCGGCGGCGGCACAAUGUUCCCCGACGGCGCCGACAAGUACAUUGACGACAUUGGGAAGUUAGUUAGCCUCCGCGACGGUACGGUGAGGACCGCCGUCGAUACUGGCUGUGGGGUUGCUAGUUGGGGAGCCUAUCUCCUGUCACGUGACAUCAUAACAGUAUCAAUUGCACCAAGGGACACCCAUGAAGCACAAGUUCAGUUUGCUCUUGAAAGAGGGGUUCCUGCAUUAAUUGGAGUACUAGCCUCAAAGAGGUUGCCUUUUCCUUCCAGAGCCUUUGACAUGGCACAUUGUUCACGAUGCCUCAUUCCAUGGGCUGAAUACGACGGGCUUUAUCUAAAUGAAAUUGAUCGAAUUCUAAGACCCGGUGGGUAUUGGAUUCUAUCUGGGCCACCAAUUCGUUGGAAGAAACAUUGGAAAGGAUGGGAAAGAACAAAAGAGGAUUUGAAUGAAGAGCAGACCAAAAUUGAGAAUGUAGCUAAAAGCCUGUGCUGGAACAAGCUAGUGGAGAAGGAUGACAUAGCCAUUUGGCAGAAAGCCAAAAACCAUUUGGAAUGCAAAGCGAAUCGCAAGCUCACUCAUAACCGACCUUUCUGCAAGGCACAGGAUAACCCUGACAAGGCCUGGUACACUGAUAUCCAAACAUGUUUGAGUCCUCUGCCUGAUGUAUCCAGCAAAGAAGAAACUGCAGGUGGGGCAUUGAAAAACUGGCCUGACAGACUAAAAGCCACCCCACCAAGGAUUUCUAAGGGGACCAUAAAGGGUAUUUCCCCCGAAAUUUUCUCAAAUGAUAACAAGCUGUGGAAGAAAAGGGUAUCAUAUUAUAAGAAUGUUAAUAAUCAGCUAGGAAAAGCUGGGAGGUAUCGCAACCUUUUAGACAUGAAUGCUUACUUGGGUGGAUUUGCUGCUGCUCUGAUAGAUUCCCCUGUCUGGGUCAUGAAUGUGGUUCCUGUUCAGGCCAAGGUUGACACACUUGGUGCAAUAUAUGAAAGGGGGUUGAUUGGAACAUACCAUAAUUGGUGUGAAGCAAUGUCUACUUAUCCCAGAACUUAUGACUUAAUUCAUGCUGAUUCGGUGUUCAGCCUGUACAGGAAUAGAUGUGAAUUGGAAGACAUACUGCUGGAGAUGGAUAGGAUUCUUAGACCAGAGGGAAGUGUAAUAAUUCGAGAUGAUGUUGAUAUAUUGGUAAAGGUAAAGGGUAUAGUGAAUGGCAUGGAUUGGAACUGUCAAAUUGUGGACCAUGAAGAUGGCCCUCUUGAAAGAGAGAAACUUUUAUUUGCUGUCAAAAACUAUUGGACAUCUCCACUUCAUCCCCACAAGAAUAGUUAAAUACAUAGUUUUAGCCAUUUAGAUGCGCCUUUUAUCAGUUUAUCUCCUUUGUUGUAAUUUUUACCUUUUCUUUUCUUUUGGGGCUCGUGCUUGCAUAUUUUGAUAUUUAGUUGAUUCACUUUUUAACUUCUCACAAGUUAGCUUCACGAGAAAGCUGUUUCAUUAUAUUUGAAGCUUUUUCCUAUAAUUGUAACUAUGGAGACUUGUAUUUUAAAAUUGAAGUCAUGUUAAAAAAAUUAUUUUUAAUAUUUA